GACCGAGCUCCUCACCCAAUCUCUAAGGCAGAGCCCAGCCACCCUGCAGAGGAAACUCAUUUCGGCCGCUUGCACUCGCAAUCUCGUUCUUUCGGUCACUACCCACAGGUUGUGACCAUAGGUGAGCGUAGGAGCGUAGAUCGACUGGUAAAACCCUGCAGGGAGUAUAGAGCUGGUCCACUGUUCCACUCCAGAGAUAGGGGAGUCCACACCCAAGUCCCCAUACUCUGCUUCCACGUUGGAAGGCGUGUCAAUGGGAUUGAGGAGGUCUUCGAAGUACUCCAUCUAACGACCCAAAACGUCCUGAGUUGAGGUCAGCAGCACUCCAUCCCCACCAUAAACAGUGUUGGUGUUGCACUGCUUUCGCGCCGUCCGGAAGUUGUUCUCCAUGGCCUCGGCAAAUUCCUCCCACACUCGAGUUUUUGUCUCAGCAACCGCUGAAGCAGCAUCCCGCUUGGCCUGCCGGUAGCUGUCAGCUGCCUCUGGAGUCCCACAGGCUAAAAAGGCCUGAUAGGACUCCUUCUUCAGCUUGACUGCAUCCCUCACCACUGGUGUCCACCAGCGGCUUGGGGAUUGCUGCCGCAACAGGCACCGGCCACCUUACGGCCACAUCUUCGGUCAACCGCCUCCACGAUGGCGGCGCGGAACAUGGUCCAUUCGGACUGAAUUUCCCCCACCUCCCCCAGGAUAUGGGGGAAGUUCUGCAGGAGGAAGGAGUUGAAACUCCUCCUGAUAGGGGAUUCCUGCAAGAUGUUCCAAGCAGACCCUCACUAUAUGCUUGGGCCUGCCAGGCCUGGCCGGCUUCCUCCCCCACCAGCGGAGCCAACCCACCACCAGGUAGUGAUCAGUUGACAGCUCCGCCCCUCCCUUCACCCGAGUGUCCAAGUGCACAUAUGGACACCCUUAUGCCUGAAUAUGGUGUUCAUUAUGAACAAUCCGUGAUGAGCACAGAAGUCCAAUAACAAGCACCGCUCAGGUUCAGAUUGGGGACGCGUUCCUCCCAAUCACGCCACUCCAGGUCUCACUGUCAUUGCCUAUGUGAGCAUUGAAGUCCACCAGUAGAACAAGAGAGUCCCCAGGAGGAGCGCUCUCCAAUACUUCUUCCAUGUACUCCAGAUAGGAUGCGUAUUCUGAACUGCCGCUUGGCACAUAAGUGCAAACAACAGUCAGGACCUGUCCCCUCACCCAAAGGCAAAGGGAGGCUACCCUCUCUUCCACUGCGGUAAACCCCAGUGUACAGGCUUUUGUAACAAGUCAUAAUUAAAACUGAAUUACAAGAAGUUACAAUUGCAUUCCUGAAACUGCAUUUUCAGAUGCUUAGAGUUUUAUUUCUGUUAUCAACAAUUGGCAUUUUGACUAGUUAAAAUUGAUUUUCUAAUAUCAGAUAUUGGGUUAAAAAAUAGUAAGGACUGGUCCCCAUGGAAUGACUUUCUAUAUGCUUUCCCCAACCUGCUCUCCAUAGGUGAGAACAAGCUGGUCACAAAGGGCAGCCCUUUUGUGGCACCUAGAAAGCUAGGGGCCUUACUUAAGCACCCACAGAAGGCUAUAGCUGGGCUUGAACCAGAACCCUUCCAAACAGAGGUACUUAGCUAAGACACAUGCUAGUUACAGUUGAGUUUAUGAUAUCAAUUAUAUGCAUUUUAACUAAAGCUGAUUUCUGAUAUCAGAAAUACAGAUUAUAAUCAGACUUGCUAAUUUCUAGCAAGAAUUUUCACUAGUUAGAACUGAUUUUGUGAUAGGCUAUAGAAAUUAAUUAAAACCAAAAUGGCUUGCCAUACAUUAAUUGCUAUUUCAUUGCUUUGCUGACACGUUUAUACAAAGCACAUUACAAUUUCCCUGAUUUUGGCCUUGUGCCCUAUGCUGCUUAUGAAAGGCUUCAGGUCCUCUGUAACCUUGAUUGUGAUAAGCUCUUAUAAGAUGAAUGCAUAUAAUAUUUUGUUUAAGAAGAGUCAAUUUACAAGUUGUUCAUCCAAAAUGUGCAAUCAUUUUUUUGAAGUGGGACUGGUAUUACAUGCUGAUUUCCGUUAUGAAACUGAUACUUGCAUUAUAGAACUGAAUCUAAAGACUAACGGAAAUUGUGCGUCAUCCUGUGUGGCAAAUAUGUUGGUUGACAUUUUCCUCGUCUACAAAGAAUGUAAUGACUGUUUAUGAGAAAUGACAAAACUGACAAUGUUGUCUCCUUAUCAAAGUGUUUUAGAUCUAUGGCUUAUCUGCUUUGUGUUGUUCUACUUGCAUCAAGGAUGUUCCACCCUGGUGUCUGUGACUGAGAAUCCCAGCAUUAUUGUCUCACAACUGGAUGGUAAUGUCACUUUGAAUUGCCAGUUUUUCCACACUUCUGACGAGGUUAUCACGGGACCCAUUCUGUAUUGGUAUUAUGGAGCAGAUGUGUUUAUUUACCCUAAAAUCUCACCACAGUACCAGAAUCGGGUGGUGGUUCUGAAUCUUGACUUGAACUACAGAAACAGUUCCAUCAUUUUGCUCAGAGUUCAGUGGGAGGACAGCAAAAAGUACCACUGCAUGGUGUCCUAUGAGAGAGCAGGCAGGGGUGCCAGGACCAGAGGACAGGGAGUCAUGCUUCAAGUUCAUGGACCCAUGACCUUUAACAUUUCUGAUGAGUUAGAACGCAAACUGCAGUGCAACAUCAAAGUGUCUGAAAACUCCAAUUUAUACCUCACCGUGUUCCGUGAUGGGAAGGAAGUGGCCCGAAGCCAAAAUGACCCCAGUAACCACCACACAGGACUGUCAGCACUCAUUCCAUUUGAAAAUGGCAGGGAAUACGAAUGUCAGCUCAACUUGGGCUCCACUGUUGUUCUGACCCGGUCAUUCAUGUUGCAGAAACCCCAUGCACAAGACCUUCCAGAACCAGUCUUCUUGUAUGCCAUCAUUCUUCUGAUUCCCCUCAGUGUCCUCCUCGUUUUUCUUGUGAUUCUUCUCAUCCACAAAAUAUGCUGUAAAGGCUCUGGAUCCCCAUGACCGUGUAUAGGAUAAGCAUGAAUGGAUGGAUGGAUGGAUGGAUGGAUGGAUGGAUGGAUGGAUGGAUGGAUGGAUGGAUGGAUGGAUGGAUGGAUGGAGACAGGUACAGAAUAAAAAAUCAUAAAUUUAGGACAGGAUGUUGUCUUCAAGUGCCAUUAUUACAAACUCUGUAUUACUCAUUAUUACUACUGCAGUUCAGGCAUGAAGGUAUUGUAUUUUCCAAUCUAAACAUUUAAAACAUGAAGUGCUAGUUGGUCCCAGUUUUUCGUGUCUUCUCCCCGUUUGGUAAGCAGGUAUUGCUGGCUCCUUAGUGUUUCUUUUUGUAUUGUUUUUUUUUUCUACUUCCUGAGCUUAGUGGUUUGCGUUGUUUUGGGUUUUGCUGGGUGCCUGUGGUUGUGUUUUACCUGUCUUUGUUGUUCCCCAAGAGAUCUGUUUCUUAGUUUGAGUUUCAUGACUUAGUUUAUUCGUUUAUUCGUGUCGCCUGUUGCUUGCUUUACCAGCUCUUGUGAAUUGUUCUCACCUGUCCCACAUUAUUCUUGUUAGCCCUCCGUAUUUACGUUCCUGAUCCUGUUCUGUACUUGGUGGAGUCAUUGUUGAUGAUGUUGAUAUUUUGUUUGAUGGUUUCUGGUUGACCUCGUUAUUGCUGGUUUUUGAUUCCAUGCCUGUUCUUUGCUUAACCAGUUUCCCUUCGUAGAUUAUUUGUUCUGUUAGUAUUUUUGUACCCCUAUUUAGUUUUGAUCCCUUGUGGUCUGCUUGUUUUGUAAUGUUUCCUAAUGUUAUCAUGUUCUGUUAAUAAAUCCAUGUUGUUUUGUGGA